AUGCUGGUGUCUAUCACGUCUGCUCUCCCUAAGCAACUGAAGCAGAGCAACGACGAGCUGUGGCAAGCCACAAUCGUUUGUCAUAUCGACAAAUCAAACUCGGGGAGUCCACACAUCUCCAUGCCAUCGCUGCAAGUCUAGCAAGAAUCGUGCAGCAACAAGUGCGACAGUAUCCCGCCCAAGGAGAGGCUAUAUGGGAGAUUCCCACAAUCAUGCAGGGCGUACGAACGACCAGAGGUUGUGUCAACUGUAGACAGAAGAAGAAAGGCUGUGACCUGAAGAAACCGACAUGCGGUCGCUGCUUGCGACUCAAAAUACCCUGUGCCUUCGAAGAUCGAAAGUACGUCUUUGUUGGUCAAGAUGCAGGGUCCAACCUCAUAACGAAGAGUCUCAUAUCGACCUCUGACACAUCCCUAGCCAGGACUGACUUUUCGAUCAUUAUGGAUGAAUACUUUUGGACGAACUACUUGCCGCAAGAAGACCCUUCUCUGGACGGUAGCAUCGGCGGUAUAUUAUCGGCACCUUGGAUACCGUCAGUUCGAGAGCUAGCGAACAGCCAUACCGAUGUAAGGAACGCUAUCCAGGCUUGCGCAAUGGCCGGUCUCGGAUGGAUGAAUGAAGACCGGACGCUGAUCAUGCGGGCGGGGUGGUUAUAUGCGCAGGCACUCCGGCAAACGAACAUGGCUCUUCAGGAUCCGAUUUCGGCUUGCGACGACAGCGUACUGGCGUGUUGUCGUCUGCUCACGCUAUUUGAGAUGUUCCGUCGAAUAACAUCGGAUCCCGCUACCAAGGAUCCCAGUCGGAAUCAAGUUGCUGACUGGCGACUCCAUGUCAAUGGUACCUGUCGUCUCGUGCAGCUGCGUGGACGUGAGAGACACCUUUCGACUUUCGGGACAGAGCUAUACGACGGAGUUCGCCUGACCGCCAUAAUUCAAGGUCUUGCGAGACGGAGGCCGAACACAUUCACACAGCUGGAAUGGAGACUACCGAGCCUCAAUAUGAGAGAUGAGCUUUACGAACUGAUCAAUCCCGCCCCACAGCUUCUUGAAGAACUCGACAUGUUUCGUGAGAGUGAAGCUGUCGUCAAAACCGAUCUUGCAAGUCGUCAGCAUAUCGUUUUGGGAACUACGCUGUUGGAGAGAUGCCUGGACAUCCGCAACGCAUUGAGAGAGUGGGAAACGAAGAUCAUGGUCAUUUGUCGCGAGAAGCAAUCAUUUACAGGUUGGAUGAGUCGACCUCCCAGCAGCUCUAGCUCUACCUGGGAUUUCACUGUGCCUUCGUACAGCAUCGAUCUCAGGGAACCCUCCGCGGUGAGAGUCGAUGAGCAAGGGCUGUCCCUUUACGACGUCUGCAGGUUACAUGGUCAUGGCUUCUUCUCAACAUGCACCAUGUACUGGACGAUGUGCAGCAUAAUGUAUAGCUCAUUGAGGACUCAUCAGCAACAGCUGCAAGCAUUCAUGAACAUAUGGACUCCUGGAGAGGUACUUCCAUCGCUGCCCGAAUGGGUGAGCCCGGAGCUAUCAGCACUGAGUGUUGCGCAGGUCGCAGGGCAUUUCUUCAAGCCAGGCAUGGGUCUAUGGGCUGCUCAUGCUGCAGUAUUUCCUGUCAGUCACGCGCUCUGUUAUUUCGCAAAGACUGGUCGACGCGAUUCGCCAGCUUUCGAGUCCAUGAUCAAUGCUUUCGCAAAUAGCAAGACUGGCGUUAUCAUGCGUGACUUCCUCGAUGCAAUAGGGAUAAAGUGAAGCAAUAGGGAUAAAGUGAAAAGCCAUGCAGUCGAAGUCCUUUCAAUCCAAGUUGCUUUAGAGUUCUAUAGCUGAAUUUGCAGCUACAGCGUACUCAUAUCACCCCAGAAAUCAAUAUCGAGCGCGACGUCAAAAAGAUUCUCCCAAGCAGGCACACUCAUAUCGUAGAACGACCAAUCGAUAUUCUGGUUGUCGGGUGCCAAUGGCCCUGUCCCC